UCCCCGCUCCGGACCAUGGCGGCGGCGGCUUGGGGCCGGCGCCUCCCUCGGGCGUGGCUCCGCAGGUGCGGCCCCGACUGCCCCCGAGCCCCACGGGCGGCCGGGGCUCCCCCAGGGACGCGCCCCUCGCUGUGUUGCAGGAGCGCGGGCCCGGGCCGCGGCCGUCACUACCGCGCCGCACUCUGCGUGGAGCCCAAGCAGCCCCUGGCCGUCGAGGAGGUGGGCCCCCGGCCUGUCCGGCCUCACGAGGUCAGGGUUGAUGUCCAUUUUUGUGGAGUUAAUUUUGCUGAUAUUUUGGUCUGCCGUGGUCAGUAUCAGGAAAAACCCCAACUUCCUUUCACACCUGGAAUGGAGUUCUCUGGGAUUGUAUUGGAGACAGGCGCAGAUGUCAGCACAGUGAAAGAGGGAGAUCGAGUUAUUGGCGUGAGUGGCUUUAAUGGUAUGGCUGAAGAAUGCAUCAUUGACCAAAAGACACUGUGGCAGAUUCCAGAAGGAGUCUCCCUCCGAGAAGCCGCUACCCUGCCUGUAUCCUAUGGCACUGCUCUUUUGGCUCUGGAGCAUCGGGCAUGCACUCAGCCUGGAGAAACUGUUUUAGUGACGGCAGCUGCUGGAGCCACCGGCCUUGCAGUGAUUGAUGUGGCAACGAAUAUUCUUCAGGCUAAGGUGAUAGCUGCCGUCGGAAGUGAUGAGAAGUGCCAGCUUGUGAUGCAGAAGGGCGCGCAAUCCGUCGUGAACUAUAGUCAGGGCGGCCUGAAGGAGGCUGUGAGGAAGCUGGUGGGCAGUGUUGGGGUGAAUGUGGUCAUCGACACAGUGGGAGGAGAUGUCUUCCUGGAGGCACUCCGCAGCAUGGCGUGGGAGGGCAGGAUCGUGGUGGUGGGUUUUGCUGGAGGAACCAUUGCUUCUGUGCCCGCCAACCUUCUGCUCCUGAAGAAUGUCUCAGCCAUGGGGCUGUACUGGAGCCGAUACAAAGAGCAGAACUUUCCCAUCUUCUCCAGAACCCUGUCCUCGGCUCUUCAGUACUGCCAGCAAGGGCGCAUUCAGCCACACAUCGGAGCAGUUUUUAAGCUGGAGAAGGUCAAUGAUGCCUUCCUUCAUGUGAUACAGCGCAAAUCCACGGGCAAGGUGCUUAUCUCUCUUAAAUGAAUCCUCGCCUCAGCAGCAAACUCAGCAUGUCCAAAUCCAAAUUUAUCAUCUUUCCAAAAAACCUCAUUUCCCUCCUGUGUUUCUAAAGGUGUUAACCACUUUCCUUAUUAAUCCAGGUUCAAAGUC